AUGCCCCCCAAACAGCCACCACCAAGAAAGCAGACAGUAAGACUUUCAGGGCAAAGCCUUCGACCCACCAGUCCAGUAAAGGGACGGCACAAGCUCCGAAACGUGCUGACAAUCCCCAUGGGCCGUAACGCUCGUGCAAAUCGUCUUGCUCAAAAGAUGAAUUCCCUGCUUGACCCAGAGCCACCAGAAUUGGUGCCACCAGAAUUGGUGGCACAGGCCUCUGAACUCGGGAAAGAGCAAAAUACAAUGCUUGAAGAUCAAAUGGAAGUGGAUGAAACCAAUAUGACGGGCGAAGAUGUGUGGGAAGACAUGGCGUCAGGUGCAGGGGCUGCCGCGGGGCCCGCCGCGGGGUCUGCUGCGGGGCCCGCCGCGGGGUCUGCCGCGGGGUUGGGUGUGGGGGCUGGACUGCCGCCAUACAUUCCAGAGAUUCUUGCAAGGCCCCAUGGUCUUCAAAGGAAACCACGUGCUACACAAGCCUCUUCUGUCUGGAUCCAUCUCAUUCCUGACCUUGCCCUCUCUCUCCUGGCAUUUCGGAAAUCAUCUUUUGCAUGCCCACCCACAUCUCUUGCUGCAACCAUCUAUCAAAACUGUGACAACCCUUCCUGUACCCAAAAUAAAAUUCGGGUUCUAUGUCUCCACAUUGCACAUUUUCAACAUAUCGAUGUGCAAGCAUGUUCUUGUGUUUCACCUGCCACUGUCCUACUGGAACAUGGUGCUCUCGCCACCUCACCUAGCAAGCCACAGAUUGCUGUUGCAGUGAAUACAUUGGAAAUAUACCAAGCGUUAUUUGAACGCUCCUGCAUUGCGAUUCAAGCAUUCACCAAUGCCCUGACAACCCUCUAUAACACCAGAGGAUUCGAGCUCAUGUCCAAGACCUUUGAUGGCGAACAUGCUACUGAUCCUCUACGACAAGCCCUCUCCCAGGCUGUGCAUGUUUACAGCAGCAUCCAGCGGCAUAUCCGAAAAAUGGUCAAUGAUGCCUUGGCCAUGGAAUAUAGUCAAAUCAACACCAGAUUAUCUUCCACGGAUUCCAUAGCUUCCAUCUACAAAAGUUCCCCCGAACAUGCGGAGUCAUCUCCAUCAGUCUCGAUGACAGGACCUUGCCAGGCGUCCAUGUCAGAUGCACCCCCCGCUGCACCCCCUGCUGGGCAUCCCGUGGCACCCCCCGCCGCACCCCCCGCUGCACCCCCCGCUGCACCCCCCGCUGCACCCCCCGCUGCACCCCCCGCCGCAACCCCCGCCUCGUUCAUCCCUGCCAACCGCACCAUUGAAUCUGAUGACCAGUUUUCACUGAUUCCUGGAUCUGCAAAUAGAGUCCUACAAAGUCGGUGUCCUUCGUGCUUCUCCCUGAAGGAAUGGGGCCGUCCACUUGCUAUUGGUGGGGAUGUACAGUUUGGUGCUGAUGGUUGCUUCAACUAUCGCCAUCUCCGCGCUGCUGGCAACGGACCGUCUUUGUUCAGUCAGGAGUACUUCUUGACACCUGAAGAGGUUCACAAGGUCAAAGAAACUGUGCUUUUGGCAAGGAAAUCUCCGAAGCCCCUAAAAGAGUUUCCAAUUUCUGCUGAUAUUGUGGAGGCCUGUGGAGAGUCAUGGACUGCUGCAAAUGAGAACAAACAAAAGGGGGACCCAAAGCGCUAUGACUCCACUGGCAUCUUUGCACUGACAUGUCGUCAUUCGCAAGUCCUGUUCAUGUGUGACAUAGACACACCAGGAGAGCAGCAGCACUACAUAAUUGCGCUCUUGGAGAAGGUGGCUUCACUGCUGCCAUCCAAUGCGACCAUUACACAAUGCUAUGAUAUUGGUUGUGUUCUUGACCGGAGUAACAAUCUGGUAUCACUUCAGUCCAGCCCACCUGUUCGUGUCCAACGCGAGCUGGGCAAGAUAGUCAGCCUUCAAAAUCAAAUCGAAGAUAUCGAUGACACUCUGGAGCAACUCCAGAAGACCAUUGACGAUCGACAGAGCUCUAAUUCAGCGCACAUUGCGAUCAAAGAUCUACAAUGCACUCAUAGCAAGCUUAGUGAACAAGCUGUGCAUCUGUACACUUCCCUUGACCUGGAGACUCAUUACCCAGAACUGGCUGGACUUCCCUUUGAAUUUGUUCAAACACUGCUGCUGAUGAGGGAUCUCAAAAUACAGAUACGAAAACAAGCGAUUGGAACAUUCCUAGAAUGGGAGAAUUUAGACCGUGCUGUCCAAGGACGUCGGGAGCCACUGGGUACAAAGCUUCAUCAAGCAGCUCGGAAGGCCCUUUCAAAACGUCAGCCCACGCUGCAUCGUCUAAUCGACAAGUUCAACUCCUUUUGCUCUCGACUGGAAGAAAUUCAGCCCCCACACUGCUCUGUUCCUAUCCCUCUCCCACUGCCUACCAAACUGAACGAGCUUAAGUCUCACACCAACCUCUUCGAAGAUAUAUGGAUCACUCCCUCCGAGGGGGGUGUUCCAUUGUGGCUGUGUGAUGAGAAUGUCCGGCAGGGAAUUUCCAGUCUCCAUGUACUUGAUCGCUGUCAUGAGGAAGACCUCCGCCUGUCCCGAGAGAGUGAAAAUAUGCUACGCUGGAUUGAUCAGGAGUCUUUGCUGCUCGCGUCGGCCAAGGAGCGCCACUCGAAUCAUAUUCUGCACCAUGAGCUUGAACAAGAAGCCAAAUUCCUCUCGCGUGUUUCUUCUAGAUGGCGUCGUCAGUUGCAAAUUCCACAACCUCUGCUUCUGGCCAUUGAUCCAAGGUUGACCACCCACUCGCAAAAUUCUGCCCCUGCGGCACCCCCUGCGGCACCCCCCGCGGCAUCCCCCGCGGCACCCCCCGUUUCACCCCCUGCCGCCGCUUUACCCUCUGACCCUGCCGUCAAUUUGUCAAUGGUUGAACCUGUUGAAGAUGAUAUGAAUGAGUCCCCAUGGGCUGAUUCUGAGAAUAUAUCCCCGGAUGAAGUUGAGGCCUGUCCUUCAGACUCCGAAGAGGCCCUUGCUGUAACAGAUAUGAUGGAAACGGAUGACGAUGAAGACACAGCAACACUCGAGCGUGAUCAUUGCCAUGUCCAAGUUUCCUGGGCUUCCCUUGCAAAAUCUCGAUCCACUUGUGAUACUCAUUUCGUGAGAGAUCUCACAGCACACGUCACAAGAUUUCCUGUGAUACGUGAUCUUCAACCCCGUGUUGUUGCUCUCCCUGGAAACCUUCCCACCGUUGUCGUAGAUCCCAACGAUUUAGCGCUGCUCACGGAUUCCACAGCCCGACUGAAUGGACACAUCCUCAAUGGUGUGUCAGCAGCAGUUCUCUCAUGGUGCAUGCAACCCUUCUCCUUGCAUGCACAGUCUGCGCAGAGAUGUGCUCUUUUAUCGACAUAUGAUCUGCAUCGCGUUCGUUUCAAUGCUCCCGAUAAAGCUAUCUGGAAAAGUCUGGCUCCUACAGAGUAUUGGAAAAAGUCGGUCUGGAUUGUUCCAGUCCACCGACAAGCCCAGGAGCACUGGGCUCUUGUCAUCGUCCUUGUACACGAACAAAAGCUCCUCCUCUUUGACAGCUUGGCUCAGAAGCGUCCGUGGUACACUGAUACAAAGAAUAUUAUGUUACUGGUGACCCGGAUGACACUCCUGGCACAUCGAAACGGACAUUCGCUCCCUUUGAGCAUGGACGGGGAGGCCUGGACUGCAGAGCCCAUGAUUUCUAUCGCAGUCCAGUGCAACAGUUACGAUUGCGGUGUUUGGGUCCUUGUCAUGAUUGCAGCUGUUCUCCGUGGAAUGCUGGGAUCCAACAUCACUGAACCGGAAAUUCCUUUUCUACGACACACUCUCACCAACUUCAUGCUGACACUUCCAUGCAAAUCGUCCUGA